AGGCUUAUGGGUAAAUGAGGCGGCGGUGUCUGCAUGUUGAUGAGGGAGGAGAGAUAGCUCUGGAAGUGGAGUACGUACGUAUGAGGGAGGAAUCCACCAUUCCGAUAAACCUUAGUUUUUUGGUCUUGCAAGGAUAAACACCGAAAUAGUUUUACAGUACAUGGAAGGUGAAGAGCAGUUCUGGUAGUAUAGCCUAUCGUUUUUCACACCGUUCAUCGUGCAAGGACGAAAGACAUUCUAGUUUGGCACUCACACACUCAAUGUAAUUUGAGAGUUUCUAAACGUUGGAUUUUGAACACUGGUCUGUUUUGGAAACACAUUUUUGAAAUUGAAGCAAAGCACUUCAGAGCGCCCAAAAAGAGAAGAGAAGGGGAGGGGGGCAAAGAAAACGCCCUGUUGCUGAUACUUCUCACAAUUCAAACUUAAUCGCCGUGUGGAUCACAGAAAACAUUACUAUGGAGUACGAGUACUAUACAUUUGUAUCUUGAUUUGCUUGAAACAAAAUAUUGGCCAUACUAACUGGGAAGUUUGCAUAGCCGCGCUUCUCUUUACGGUGGAUUAUAAUUUUUUCCUUCAUUGUGGACAGUGCAAUUCCGAGCCGAUUUCAGAGGGCGGCGAGUCGGAGGCUGCUAGGCCCACGGCCAUUGCCCAAGAAAAAAAAAAGACUUUUACCCAUGUAAACCCGGAGUUCUCAUACGGCUCGUUUUAUAUGUAAAAGGAACGGGCAUUAAUCAAUCGCAAACAUGUCGCUCGGUGCAGAGAGAAGGAUGGAAAACCGGUUGAAAAAGCUGGAGUCCAUGAUCAAAGAUCCAAGAUCUGCGAUAAACUUGGAAAGUUUACUCGAUUCUAUCAAUGCCUUCGUUCUAGAUCUGAACUAUCCUGCUUUACGGAAAAACAAAAACGUAGAAACCUUUUUAAACAGAUAUGAGAAGGUAAUGGAGCACGUACGGGAGUUUCAGAUGAAGUCUGAGGACUUUGACAGAGUGAAGGUGAUUGGCAGAGGGGCGUUUGGUGAAGUUCAGCUGGUUCGACACAAAGCUUCUCAGAAGGUGUACGCCAUGAAGCUGCUGAGCAAGUUUGAGAUGAUCAAACGAUCAGACUCAGCCUUCUUCUGGGAGGAGAGGGAUAUCAUGGCUUUUGCCAACAGUCCCUGGGUAGUACAAUUGUGCUGUGCCUUCCAAGACGAUCGAUACCUGUACAUGGUAAUGGAGUACAUGCCUGGAGGGGACCUGGUAAACCUCACCAGUACCUACGAUGUGCCUGAGAAGUGGGCCCGCUUCUACACUGCUGAGGUGGUCAUGGCGCUUGAUGCCAUCCACUCCUUGGGCUUCAUCCACCGCGAUGUCAAGCCUGACAACAUGCUCCUGGAUCGUCAUGGACACCUCAAACUGGCCGACUUUGGAACCUGCAUGAAGAUGGACUCUACUGGCAUGGUGCACUGUGACACAGCGGUUGGCACUCCUGACUACAUCUCGCCUGAGGUUCUCAAGUCACAGGGUGGAGAUGGUUACUAUGGACGGGAGUGUGACUGGUGGUCUGUAGGUGUCUUUAUCUUCGAGAUGCUAGUCGGUGACACACCUUUCUAUGCUGACUCCCUUGUUGGAACAUACAGCAAGAUCAUGGACCACAAAAAUUCACUCAACUUUCCAGAUGACGUAGAAAUUUCCAAAGAUGCCAAAAACCUAAUUUGUGCCUUCCUGACGGACCGGGAGGUGCGACUGGGCCGCAACGGGGUGGAGGAGAUAAAACGACACCCCUUUUUCAAGAAUGAUCAAUGGAACUUCGACAGCAUCAGAAACACGGCCGCUCCUGUGGUUCCAGAGUUGAGCAGUGACAUUGACACCAGUAACUUUGAUGAGAUAGAAGAUGACAAGGGAGACGUUGAAACCUUUCCUACUCCGAAAGCCUUUGUAGGCAACCAGCUUCCCUUCGUCGGAUUUACAUACUUCAAGGAAGAUCAGUUACUAAGCAAUGUAAAUAACUCGACAGUGUCAACUGUAAACUCCGUAGCCUUAAAAGGAGAGGAUAGUGUGGUGUCGACUAAGCUACAGAAGAAACUCCACCAGCUGGAAGAGCAGCUUAAUAAUGAGAUACAGACCAAAGAUGAGCUGGAGCACAAGUACAGAAAUGCCACCAGUCGUCUAGAGAAAGUCUCCAAAGAACUUGAUGAAGAGAUGAGUAGCCGGAAGGCUCUGGAGUCCAAUCUGAGGCAGCUGGAAAGAGAGAAGGCUUUACUGCAGCACAAGACCGUGGAAAGCCACCGUAAGGCUGAAAGUGAGGCUGACAGGAAACGCUGCCUGGAGAAUGAAGUCAACAGCCUACGAGACCAGCUUGACGAUAUGAAGAAAAGAAAUCAGAACUCGCACAUAUCCAAUGAAAAGAACAUUCACUUACAAAGACAGCUGGACGAGGCCAAUGCUCUGCUGCGUGCUGAGCAGGAGGCAGCCACAAGGCUGAGGAAGGCCCAGACGGAGGCAAGCAAGCAGCUGCAGGCUCUGGAGGCUGGUGCCAGAGAGAUGCAAGACAAGUGCUGCCUGCUAGAGCGCUCCAAGCUCACCCUGGAAAAGGAGUGCAUUGGGUUGCAGGCAGCACUGGAGUCGGAGAGGAGGGAGCACAGCCAGGGCUCUGAGACCAUCGCAGACAUGCAGGGGCGAAUCUCUGGGCUGGAGGAGGAGGUUUGGCAGGUGAGACAGACUCUGUCCAAAGCCGAGAUGGAGAAGAGACAACUACAGGAGAAACUCACUGAUCUGGAGAAGGAGAAGAAUAACAAGGAGAUAGACAUGACAUACAAGCUGAAGGUGUUGCAACAGGGGCUGGAGCAGGAGGAGGCAUCACACAAAGCCACCAAGGCACGGCUCGCUGACAAAAGCAAGAUAGAGUCCAUCGAAGGCGCCAAGUCCGAGGCCAUGAAGGGUAAGACCCUUCCUGAGUUCUCAGACCUGGAGCAGAAGCUGCAGGAGGAGCGGGCGGCCAAGCUGCGCGUAGAGAACCGGAUGCUGGAACUGGAGAAACACAGUAGCAUGCUGGACUGUGACUACAAGCAGUCCCUGCAGAAACUGGACGAGCUCCGCAGGCAUAAGGAGAGGCUCACCGAGGAGGUUAACAACCUGACCCUGAAGAAUGAACAGGAGACUCAGAAACGCAUUCUGACCCAGAAUGACCUGAAGGCCCAGAACCAGCAGCUCAACACCCUAAGGACCUCAGAGAAGCAGCUUAAACAGGAGGCCAAUCACCUGCUGGAAAUCAAACGCAGCCUGGAAAAGCAGAACCAAGAGCUACGCAAAGAAAGGCAGGACUCUGAUGGCCAAAUGAAGGAACUUCAGGACCAGUUAGAGGCAGAGCAAUAUUUUUCAACGCUGUACAAGACCCAAGUGCGGGAGCUAAAAGAGGAAUGCGAUGAGAAGAACAAGCUCUACAAAGACAUGCAGCAGUCACUUCAGGAGUUUCAAGAAGAAAGGGACUCCUUGGCGGCGCAGCUGGAGAUCACGCUGACCAAGGCAGACUCUGAACAGUUGGCUCGCUCCAUUGCUGAGGAGCAGUACUCAGACCUGGAGAAGGAGAAGAUCAUGAAGGAGCUGGAGCUCAAGGAGAUGAUGGCCCGUCACAAGCAGGAGUUGGGGGAGAAGGACAUAACUAUCAGCUUGCUAGAGGAAGCCAACCGAACCCUCACCAGCGACGUGGCCAACCUAGCAAAUGAGAAGGAGGAGCUCAACAACAAACUCAAGGAGACACUUGAAGAGCUGCAGAUGUCCAAAGAUGACGAGCAACAGAUGAGCCAGAUGAAGCUCACGUUUGAGAAGCAGCUCCAGUCUGAAAGAACACUGAAGACGCAGGCGGUGAACAAGCUGGCGGAAAUCAUGAACAGGAAGGAGGUGCGCGCAGCAGGCAGUCGGCGUGGCAACGACACUGACGUGCGCAGGAAGGAGAAGGAGAACAGGAAGCUGCAGCUGGAACUGAGGUCGGAGAAGGAGAAACUCAACUCUACCAUCAUCAAGUACCAGAGAGAGAUAAUGGACAUGCAGGCGCAAAUAGCAGAUGAGAGUCAGCUGCGCAUCGAGCUGCAAAUGGCCCUGGAUAGUAAGGACAGUGACAUAGAGCAGCUGCGUAACCUUCUCAGCUCUGUCAACGCCCACUCUUUGGACUCAGCCAGCAUCAGUAGUGGACCAGACUUUGACAUGGAUGAUGCCUACACAGAAAUGCGUCUAGAGGGAUGGCUCUCGCUGCCUGUGAGGAACAACACCAAGAAGUUUGGAUGGGAGAGAAAGUACGUGGUUGUGAGCAGUAAGAAGAUUCUGUUCUAUAACAGUGAACAGGACAAAGAGUUAUCCAACCCAUACAUGGUGCUGGAUAUUGAUAAACUGUUCCAUGUGCGGCCUGUCACUCAAACUGAUGUGUACCGCGCCGACUCCAAAGAGAUUCCCAGGAUAUUCCAGAUUCUGUAUGCCAAUGAGGGAGAGUGUAAAAAGGAGCCCGAGUUCCCAGUGGAGCUGGCCAGUGGAGAAAAGUCUGGCUACACCUCGCACAAGGGUCAUGAAUUCAUCCCUACACUCUACCACUUCCCCACCAAUUGUGAGGCCUGCACCAAGCCCCUGUGGAACAUGUUCAAGCCUCCGCCGGCCCUGGAGUGCAGGCGCUGCCACAUAAAGUGCCACAAGGACCACAUGGACAAGAAGGAGGAGAUCAUUGCACCCUGCAGAGUGAACUAUGACGUGUCCACGGCCAAGAACCUGCUAUUGCUGGCCGUAUCGCAGGAGGAGCAACAGAAGUGGGUGGGACGGCUGGUUAAGAAGAUCCCCAAAAAGCCGCCGGCUUCCGAGCACUUUGCUCGCUCCUCACCACGCGCCUCCAUGAAGGUCCAGCCCAGCCAAUCCCUGAGGAGGCCCAGCAGACAGUUGCCACCCAGCAAGAGCAGUUAACCUUGUGAUGAAAUGUGGUGCUGAUUCGAGGUGGCGGGUGUUUCCUCCUAACACGCAAUCAAAAGACUGAUAAUAAUGUUACACCCGGAAUUUCCUCAAUGCACAAAUUUUAUUCCACUUCACUCUUCCAGAAGACUUCGCUAUCUAUCCCACUUCUACUUUGAAGGUUCAAUAGACUUUUGUCCUGUUUUGAAUUAUCUCCAGUCAGUUCAACUACUAGUCUCCUGAGAACAAUGUGCCAACACUGACUUUUCAUCUGUGUGCAGACUGUGCAUUUGAAGAGCAACUUCUCUCUGGGUUUCUUGGGGAGGGGACGGUUAGGUGUCAAGCCCAUGGAAAGGGGGUUAGCUUUGGGCUUUGUGUAUAUUCACUUAAUACAGAGCAGCAGCCUCAGUUACACCAAACGGAGCAGAUGAGCAGAGAGGGCUGAAGUACUUACCUGGCAACACCAGAAAUCCACAUUGGGAAAAACACUGGGUGCUCCUCUAACCUGAGUACUUGUGGCCAAAACAUUUAUUUUUUUAUUAUUAUUACAUUUCACGAUUUCUAGCAAUCAAGUGUUAAGUGCAGAACACUACGCCCACAAGAGAAGCAUAAUACUGUAAACUGGUAGGUGGAUGGAGAAGGCGUUCAGAUGCUAACUCUGACCUUUUAGCACUGGCAUUGCCUAAAUGUACUUACCACACUGCAUGACAAUUAUUAGAGAGAAAUGUUUACUUUACCAGCUGAACGCAAGAGGUUAACCCUCAUGCAGCAUUAACACCAUAGCUUACCUUCUCCAUUGUUUGAAUGUACAGUAUGUCUGCACAAAUCAGAAAUGAAACAAGAAUUGAAUUACACGGUUUAUUUUCAAUUCAAACUCUACUUGAUGAAACUCUUCAAUAUUCUGCGUGAUGUUGCGUUUUGCCUCCAAGGCCCCACAAAGUGUGCUUGCCUUUCUUUACUUCGGUAAAUCCACCUCUAAUAAGAAUGUGUAUUAUAUAUAUAUUUUUUACUAUUUCCGGGAACACAAGGGGAAGAUCGAAAGUUUACUUAUUUUUUUGUUUAAAAAAGAAAAAAGAUGGGGAAAAAAGAAUCCGCACAUGUAUUCACAAGCUGAAAGUAUUGAACAGUAACAUGCAAUAGAAGCUUUUUGAAUGCUUUUCUCUGAUAUUUUUGUAAAGAAUUCCUCUUGGCACGUGGUGUGUAUCUGGCUCAUAUUAUAAGUGGACAGUAAUGGUGUGAUUUGAGUGCUCUCCUUUUCCCAAGAAGCUUCUGAAAAGCACAUUUUAUACAUAUAUAAAUAUAUAUAUAAAAAUACAUGGUAUAUAUUUUACAUGACUACAUACCGUGCACAAUGUAUUAUUUAUACUGCCUUGUCCACUUUGUAUUUAAAGGCGCUUCAUCCAGAAUGCAUGUUUGAUAUUGCUACAGUAAAGCUCAUGAUAACCUGUUCAACAAUAAAGAAAUGUUUGUGCCUUC